UUUUCAAACAUAUAAACAAGUUCCACAAUUCCAUCCUCCCGAAACCAAGAAUAUGACAGUGCUAAAGGUGGUGAUCAGAGUGGUCAUGGAAGAUCAAAAGAAGUCUCGCAAGAAGGCCAUGAAGAUCGCAGCCACCGCCUUUGGAGUUGAGUCAGUAGCACUGACCGGAGACGACAGAGACCAAAUCGUGGUGGUCGGAGAAGGAAUCGAUACAGUCGAGCUCACGAAUUCGUUAAGGAAGAAAGUAGGAUGUGCAGAUCUGUUAAGCGUUGGACCAGCUAAAGAAGAAAAGAAAGAGGAGAAAAAAGAAGAGAAAACAAGUGAAUCCCUGGCUGUUCCUUUGGCCUAUGGAUCACAACCUUACUAUUAUAACUAUAAUCAGUACCCUGUUGUUUAUGGUUACGACCGCGUAGAUCAACGUGACUCCGCUCCUUGCUCGAUCAUGUGAUAAGUUGUCUGAGAAUUCACAAGAAGAUCAGCAAUGAAGGUGGAGAUUUUUUUUUAUUGUGCAUGAAAUUUUUGUUAGCAUUUAAGCUGAGAUGGAGCUGCAGAUUUUGUAUUAGGUGCCUAUGCUUGAGUCCUUGUUUUGUUCCAAAAUUUUUUCAAUCACAUGACUCAUUUUAA